AUGGGGAAUUUGCCUACCACAUCCCACAUAUGCAUCGACACCGCCGCAGCAAUGCAUAUUAUGAACAAAAGCAGCAAGCAUUCCGAUGCAUUGGCGGCAGGGGCGGGGCAUAUCGACAGGGCGCUGCGCGACCAGGGCCUAAACGCCACCUGGGGCUAUGUCGCGUCGGAAAAUAAUCCUGCGGAUGGCAUCUCAAGCGGGGCUAAGGCAUUACCGGCGGAUAUUGCAAAGGGGUGGAACUUGCGAAGGGGGGCGUGGGAGGUGGGUUAA